AUGAACUCUGGGAACGAUAGUUGGCACUCCUCUGCCGGUGGGCCACCGUCGCACCCUAGCAUGGAUCAGAUGAAUCAACAGCCUCGACCCUUGGGGUCAUUUGGUCAAAACCCUCCUCAGCAAGGUCCGGCGUCGCAGUCCUCCGGCCCCGUCCUUCCUCCUCCUGCCGGACCCUACCAUCCCGCUAGCCAAUCCGGCGGCCACUCCCUCCCAGGCCUAGCAGAGCUGAGCCAGACUCAUGGCGCUCCGCACCAGCCUUCAUAUGGACAACACGGCCCCGGUCCGUCUCAUGGAUCGGGCCACUCUCUGCCUGGUAUUGGACAGGCAAUGCAACAUGCGUCUCCGCAGUCUCUGAACCGCGAACACGAGCGGGACUCCCGAGAGCGGGACCUGAUUGAGCGCCAGCGCCAGGAAGAGAUGGCCCACCGAGAGCGCGAACAGCGCGAGCGCGAGCAGAUGGAACGCCAGCAGAUGGAGCGCCAACGCGAACACCACCCUGUCCAGAGCCACCCGGGCUCAAUUCCCCUCCACCAGCCUGUGGCCUCCAAGGUUCAGAACUCCAUUCACGGUCCCAAUGGCCUCCUCUCGAACCUCGGAGCCAACCCAAACAAUGCCCCCCAGGGUAAUGUACAGUCUUCCGGGGGCCCCGCGAGUCUGUUUGGCCCGCAGAUGCCGCACGGUGAAGGCACCCCUCGUUCAUACAUGCAGCACCCCGGUGGACCCCCCAUGAUGGGAGGAUACAGUGGAGCGGGACAGCAGAUCCCUGGAAAUGUUGCGGCCCUCGCACAAGGCCAGCAGCCUAUUUUGAAUGCAAGUCUUCAUGACUCCCAAGGAUUCGACCCCCUCAGCCUCCAGAUUCUAACGCCUUUCGUCAUACAGGAUGCCCUCAGCUAUCUGGAUCAAGUCAAGGUUCGAUUUGUGGACCAGCCCGAUGUUUACAACCGGUUCUUGGAUAUAAUGAAGGACUUCAAGAGCCAAGCAAUUGAUACCCCCGGUGUGAUCCAACGAGUUUCGACCCUUUUCAAUGGCCACCCGGCUCUGAUCCAGGGAUUCAAUACCUUCCUUCCUCCGGGUUAUCGUAUCGAGUGCGGUACUGAAGACAACCCCGAUGCGAUUCGUGUGACCACCCCCUCGGGCACAAAUACCCUGAGUAUGCCUCGCGCAGGACGUCCAUUGGAGAAUAUCAACGAUCAGGUCGCCUCCAGUAGUCUAGGCCCGCCUGGUCGUCCUGAUUACUAUGAUCAGUCCCGCCCCGGUUGGCAACAGACGCAACAACAGCAGGCGCAGCAGGGCGUGCCUGGAUCGUACUCUCCAGGUUCCAGAAUGAUGGGUCCAGGUAUGUACCAAGAUGGCCAAGGUCCUGCGCAUGACCAUCACUAUGGUUAUCAAAGCCAGGAGGCCCAAGGAGCUGCGGCCCUCUCCCACCAGCAGGAUCACCGUGGAGUCGCACAGUUGCAAGGUGCAGCUUCGGCUGCUUCUGGAAUGGGAAGACCUGGUAUGAUGCAAGUUUCAGGCGCCGGACCCAAUGCCAGUCUUACCCAGCCCAUGAACAGCCUGGCUGGUGUUGGUGGUAUGCUUCAGGGCGGCCACGCUGAUCUCAACAAGCGUGGGCCCGUGGAGUUUAACCACGCCAUCAGCUAUGUGAACAAGAUAAAGAACCGCUUCUCACAAGCUCCAGAGAUUUACAAGCAAUUUUUGGAAAUACUGCAGACAUAUCAGCGGGAGUCAAAACCGAUCCAAGAUGUGUAUGCGCAGGUCACUCAGCUGUUUAACACUGCUCCCGAUUUGCUGGAGGACUUCAAGCAGUUUUUGCCGGAGUCUGCAGCUCAUGCUAAGCAGCAGGCUGCUGCUCGUCUUGCCGAGGAGUCUAUUCCUAUCAGUAAUAUGCGUGGGGACUCUAUGGGGCUUCCUUCUCAAUCCUCCAACCGUGAUAUGAAGAAUAUGCCACCGCUUGGCAACUUCAACGUCAAGGAUUCUGGCAAGGAAAACAAAAAGCGAAGAGGAGCAGGCCCGGGUGUUGCUGGAUCUUCAGUGUCGGGACCUUCUGGUAUUGAUAGUGCCAGAAUGCCUGAAUCUCAAGUGCGUGGCCAGCCAGCACAGUUUGGCAAUGCAAACAAGAGAGCCAAGUACUUCCACGGAAAGCCUUCCGGUGCUGACAUCCCGAACGUGUCUCCUACUCUCAUCCCCGCAUUGCCAGAGCCUAUUCCUCCAUCUGUCUUGACAACGCCGAGCCAGGAAGAGAUUGCGUUCUUUGAUCGUGUCAAGAAGUUCAUUGCGAACAAGCAGAUCUUCAGUGACUUCUUGAAGCUGUGUAAUCUGUACACAAACGAUCUUAUUGAUCGUUUCGUUCUUGUCAAGCGCGCGGAAGGUUUUAUUGGAUCCAACGCAGAGCUGAUGAGCUGGUUUAAGCGCUUCAUGAAUGUCGAAGAACCUGAAGACAAGACCAUCGACCCCAAGCCCCAGACAGAGCUUGGAAUUGUUAACCUCGCACACUGUCGAUCUUUGGGCCCCAGCUAUCGCCUAUUGCCCAAGCGAGAGCGCCAGAAGGCAUGCAGUGGCCGUGAUCAGCUUUGUUUCGAGGUGUUGAACGACGAGUGGGCUUCACACCCCACCUGGGCGUCUGAAGAUUCUGGCUUCGUUGCUCACCGAAAGAAUCAGUUUGAAGAUGCUCUGCAUCGUAUUGAAGAAGACCGUCACGAUUAUGAUCACCACAUCGAGGCUUGCACCCGUACUAUCCAGCUCAUUGAACCUAUCUGCCAGCAAUUCCUGCACAUGUCCGAGAGUGAACGUGCCAACUUCAAGUUGCCUCCUGGCCUUGGUGGUCAGAGUGAGGCUAUCUAUCAGCGCGUCAUCAAGAAGGUAUACGACCGCCAGCGUGGUGAGAAGAUCAUUCGGGACAUGUUUGAGCGGCCCUGUCAAGUCUUGCCCAUUGUUCUGUACCGCUUGAAGCAGAAGCUCGAGGAAUGGAAGGCGUGUCAGCGCGAGUGGGAUAAGGUCUGGCGCGAGCAGAUGCAGCGAGCAUACUGGCGUAGUCUUGAUCACCAGGCCAUUGCUACUCGACAGACUGAUAAGAAGCUGUUUAUUGCGAAGAACAUCCAGCAGGACUUGCAAGGGAAGUUCGAAGAAGCCCAGAACCGUCGCAAGAGUGGCUUGAAGGCGCCCAAGGUACAAGCUGAUUUCAAGAUGGAGGAUAUGGAUGUGCUCUUGGAUACUACGCACCUGCUCUGCAUGUACAUUGACCGGAGCACUUCGGGCUUUGGUGCCGAGCCCCAGCGUCUGAUCAACUUUGUCAAAGACUUCAUUCCCAUCUUCUUUGGGCUGGACCGCGAAACCUUCCAUGACUACAUGGAUGAGCUCAUGCUUGCUGCUACUCCCCCCGAGGAGCUGGAGGACAAUUUCGGCACAGAGGAGGAGUCUGCUGCAAGUCGCAAGGCACCUAACACGCAGAAGCUGGAUCUCUUGCGUGAGGUUCUGGAGCGUCGUGUGGAGAAGGUUAGCCAGGAGAAGUCGAACGGGGUUGCUGAACACCCACAGGAGCAGCAACAGCCAACACCUGAGAUUGGUCGGGCUCUUUCUUCAGCUGUGUCUGAGGCCGAAGAGGCCUUUGACGUGGCUGAGUUGAAGUGGAUGGAGCACCCCGGUCAAGGGAACUUCAAUGUUGAACAUGAGUACACCCUAAACGAAAAGUACAAGAAGACUGAGCACCACAUGUACUGCAACCUGAACAUUCUCUGCUUCUUGCGUACAUUCGAGAUACUCUACGAGCGUCUGCUCCGCAUCAAGAAUCAGGAAGAGAGCGCUCACGAGCAAGUCCGUCGGGGCCUUCUGCCCAAGCCCGCCCACGAGCUCUGUCUCAUUGAUCGCUUCCCCAGCGAUUUCUUCUAUGAUGUCGAUCCCAAGGCCAACCUUUACAAGCAAAUUGUGCGCAUGUGCGAGGAGGUUAUUCGGGGUGAUAUUGACCAGAUUCACCUUGAGGAGACUCUCCGUCGCUUCUACAUGCAAGGUGGAUAUCUCUUAUACAACUUGGAGAGAAUCUUCUCGUCCAUUACCAAGUUCGUCGCCUCCAUCUUUACUGGAGACUCGCGCGAUCGGAGCUCGGAUAUUGCAAACCUGUUCUUCAAGGAGCGCGAAAAGGAAGAGACAACCCACCACCAAGAGAUCCAAUAUCGCAAGCAGGUUGAGAGACUGGUCAAGGAGGGUGAUAUUUACCGUAUUACCUAUAUCCCCUCCGAACGCCGCAUCACCAUCCAAGUAAUGACCACGGAAGAUGCCACCCUCGAAAACGAGGAGCUGACCCCCGAAGCCCGCUGGUCUUACUAUGUAACAGCCUACUCGAUGCGCGACCCCACGGAAGGCGUCCACUUCUCUGAGAUGCGCAUGCCAUUCCUGAAGCGCAACCUUCCUGGCAAGCUCGACGAGGACGAAGAAUACGACCGCUACUACCGCCGUCUCCAACAUCAUGACGGCCUCCUCAUCCGCAUCUGCGCAAAUAACUACACAAUCCUUUACCAACCCGCUAGCCACGACUGGUUCUGGCGUCCUACCGCUCCCGCGCCCAAGGACGACGCCGACGCCAAGGCAUUGGAGGAAGACCGGGCCAGGGAGAAAACCGCUCUCAAAGAAAAGCGUCAUGACCGCUUCGUUGAAAAAUUCGUCAAUAACCCUAACUGGGCCCGUGGUCUGAGCAAGGACAAGGUCGAUGAGUCGAACCAGCGCUUCCGCUCCUGGAUGAACGGGACACUGGAGAAUGGAGAUGAGAAAAAGGUCUCCCCUCCUGCUGAGGAGGUCAGUGCCGCUCCUGUCUCAGAGAAGGCGCCCACUGAGCCCGAGCCUGAACCUGAGACCGAAAAGGCCGAGCCCGAGCCCACAGCCGAAAAGGCUGAUAUCGAGAUGGCAGAUGUUGAGCCAGCGGUGUAA